AUGAAAGAGUUUACUGUGAAAGGCAUUUGUGAUGCGAUUGAUGAGACUUUAGUGACUAAUAUUCACGGAGUGACUAGAUGGAGUAAGUUGGUACCUCGCAAGGUCAAUGUUCUUGUAUGGAGAAUCCUCAUAAAUAGAAUUCCCACCCGUAUUAAUUUGGUUAAUAAAGGGGUGGAUAUUCCAUCUUCUCUUUGUCCAUUAUGUGGAAACUCUAUAGAAACUUGCAAUCAUAUUUUUGGACAAUGUGCGGUUGCUUCAAGAUUAUGGAGUUUAGUUACUAAAUGGCUCCAAAUUGCGCCUAUUCCUUUGCAAGGGCCUACUCAUAUCAUCAUUUAUAUCGAUGACAUGCAUGUAUCCAAGGAUAAGAAAGAUAUUAUUGAGGCUAUAAUAUAUUGUGUAUGGUGGUCGAUAUGGAAAUAUAGAAACGAAGAGGUUUUCAACAACGGGAUGAAUCGCAAAGAGUUCCUGUUUGAUCUCAUUUUUACCCAGUCUUAUAUGUGGUAUUCGUGUAGAUGCAAAAAGAAACGAAUUUCUUGGGUUGAAUGGCUUAAUUGCCCUCUUUUUGUUCCGUAG